AUGGCGGGUCCUAUAAGACAUUUAUCCACUUACCACCACGAACCUGAGCCCAACGCGAAUACGUUAAUAACAGAGAUCAACGUGCAACUCGCACUAUUCAGAGAUCUACUGAUUCACAUCGGACAACCCCACGACAGUCCUGAACUCCGGGAACGCGUACGCCGCUUACGCCGCACCUGCGUGGAAGCCACCAAACAAACCAGUCAACUAGUUCUACCGGCCUGUAAGAAGUCAACAAGCGAAGGCUGCGCAGAUCAGCCGCAGUUGGUGCUUUUAUAUUUCAUGUCACAACUACUUCUUCGAGAACUCGCCAAGUGCCACCGCCUCGUGCAACUCGUACCGAUGGACAUGACUUCAUACUAUGAAAACCGCGCGGGUCCAUCAAAUUUCGGCAACGUCAUCAGCCAAAUAUUACUGUGCAAGCAAAUUACUCCGGAUUUCAACCAAGAAGAGUUAUGCAGCAUCGCCAAAGACACGCAAGAUAUAACGAGGAUCGUCAGUGAGAUCCAAGAAUACCUGCCACAGCACGAAAAUCUAAAUCACUUAGAAACCAACGUUGCACUUAAAGGUGACGACGUUAACGGCUUAUGGCGAAACAAACGACGAGGAUCUCUCUACAAAGGCAUGGGCGUGCUUUGUUGUAUGUCGCGUCCAAACUACCUC